UGAGCCGAGUGACGCGCGUCAGACACAGCUCGAGAACCGGGCUAUAUAUUGUCGGUACCUCCUACCUACUGCAACGAUUCUUCGAGCUUUCAACGGACUCGCCUUUCGUCUCUGCUGUCCGGUCCGCAAUCAUGCAGCUCCUCCGUCUCCGCCUGCUAAUACUGGGGCUGAUCCACCUGCACCCUCUCUCCAGCACCCACAUCCCGCACUCCGCCCCGAUCCAGCGUCCUCUAUCCUCCAUCUCCGCAUCACCAUCCCCCUUCAACCCCUCCUUCAUCUUCAGCUCCGUGCACGGGCUUCUACGGCAGCUGCCGAACACGUUCUCGCCGAACGGCUUCUCGAUCGCCGCGGGCACGGUGCCGGCAUACACAAACCUGUACCACGCGCGCAAGGACGCGGGCGACAUUCCCAAGGUAGAGUGGGUCGCUUUCGACGCAGAGAUGUCCUACGGGAUCAUGGGCGGCCGCGGCGGCGAGACUUGGCUGCACACGUUUGUCACCACGCGCGACGUGCGUGUCCUUGUGUUCGACGGGAUGAGCGCUGCGCUGAGAGAGAGCGGAACGCUGGAUGCGCAGGCGGUUUUUUUGCAUGGUGGGGUGAAUGGGAGUGAGCUGAGAGAUGGGAAUGGCCCAGGGAGGUAUGGCUCGCCGGUGAGGGAUGAGUACGAAAGGGCGGAGGGGCUGUGUAAGUGGGCACGGGAAUUGCCCGGGGCACGCAUAGAGGGCUUCGUCAGGAUGAAUACCGGGUUCGAGAUGAUUUGGUGCGACUUUGAGGACAGCGAUAGCUGGAAGCUCGUCUCGAAGUUGAAUGUCACUGCGCCGGCUGGGCAGAGCCAGCACGGGGGUGCAGGUGUGGAUAUGGAUAUGGAUAUGUUUGCACCGGAAGAACUGCCCACUCCACCGCCCGGUGGUCCCGGAUACGGACCUGGCCCACCAGACGGCCCACCCGACGGCCCCGAUGGCCCCGGCAGUGGCGGCUUCAAAAUGCCAUGGGCCGGCGCUUCAGGCUGGGAAUGGAUCCGCUCAGCGACAUGGCACUACGUUGUGCCCGAACUGCGCGUGAUCCCAGACCUCUGCCGGUUCUUUACGUUCUACGACCCAUCAUUCGCCUCGUUCCCGCACGACCUGCGCACGCCAAAAGAUUCCUCGCACCGGCUGGUGAACGUGACGCGCGAUGACGCGGCCGCGUUCCGCUCCCGCAUCGGUAAGAGUCUGCUCGCCACACACGAGCCGUGCUCGCAACUCGACUGGCGCCGCGUCGCGGGUGAUGUCAUGGAUCGAUACGGAGGCAGGAUUAGGGAGCUGCAGAUCGUCCUUGCCAGUGAUGGUAAUGCUACGGAGAGGGCGGCUGACGCCGCGAAACUCGCGUUCGCCGCGGUAAUGCCGUUUGUGGCUGAGUCGCAGAGGGACGGCGCACAGGAGAGGUGCGCACUGGCUUACACUGAGGCCAUACCCGCCGAUGCCCUGUCGCCGCAGGAGGUGCUCCUCCGCGAUGCUGUCGAGGCGGUGGUGGGAAGGAUCUGCAGGACUUUCCUGGAUGUUUAUUUUGGAUACCUGGAGGAUGGUGGGCGCAAGAAGCAAACCGGGAAGUGGAGAAAGGAUGUGGAUGAGCUGGUAACGUGGCUGGAUUGGGACAUGUGGCGCAGGUGCGAGGGCGGCUGCGCUUGGGGCGAGCUGUGUGCCCUCGCGCUGUGGCCGGUGUUGGGGCUGAUGGAUGAGAGGGAUUGGAAGCAGCCCAGGUGUGUUAAUAGCUCGGUGGUAGAGAACGGAAGAGGUAGAAGGCCGCGGUAUCCUGGCGGUGGUGGCGAUGGUGGUGGUGGACACGACGGGCCGGGUGGUGGUAAGCGACCCAGGCGGGCGCUCAAAGAAUACAUAGAGGUGUAGAACUCAUAUCGCAGUUACAUAGAAUCUCAAUAUACCCGAUACAUACUGCCG